CCUGCACUUUUGGGUGGUGAAAACAGUGAGGCACCAAAGAGUGAAUGCCAUGAGACAAUCUAUGGUGAUGAUGAUGCUGAUGGUAUUUUCCGGCAACUGUCGUCUUUAGCCUCUUUGGAUAUUCUAUUGUUCGUCGGAAUCUGGGGAAUCUGGUCACUGCACCCAAUCUUGAAGAGAACAUCCUUCGGCUGGGCCUUGCUGUCGAAAGUCCAUGGUGAUUUUCCGGUGAGCAUGUGUAGAACCGAGCAGCCCAAGGCCCAAACAUCCGACUCCGUACUUCUGUUGGGCUAUCGACUCUGGGGCCGCAUACAUAACCGUGCCCCUAAAAUCAUCACAACUACUAUUUUCGUUGAACCUCGUCUUGCAGCAGCUCCCGAGAUCCGCCAGCUUGGCGUCUUGGCCGACAAGCAACACGUUGUGAGGCUUCACAUCACAGUGAAUAUAACCGGCCUUGUGGAUGUGAAAGAGUGCCGUGAGUAUGGAUUUCGUGCAGCGGCUGACCGUGAUUUCUGGAAGGCCUUUGAUGUUGAUGUGAUCGACAAGGCAUCCACCGGAGGCAUACUCGAGCAAUAUAGUUUUUCCCCGUUUUCGGUUGUGAUUGAGUCCCCAAAGCAGCGGAGGAUAGAGGGGCAUGACUGUAAUUUUUCGAGCAACUCCUCCUCCUUCCUCAGUGAUUCGCAUUCGGAACAUUUGGCGGAUUUGACAGCAAUCAACGGCGGCAAAUUAUUAUCUUGGUUGGUUGUGGCUAUGGAGGCGAACCCAAAACCACCCUUUCCG